AAAUUACGCAAUCACGAUCUUUUGUUUUGUUUAUGGGCCUGUGGAGAUUUUAGUGAAAAUAUAUAUAUCAAUCUAUUGUCUAAUUAAAGUCAAUUUCGCCGUUUUCUCUUAUGUUGCGACCAAGGUUGCGACGGAUUGCAUAACUGUGUCAAGGAUAUUGAGUAUCAUAAACAAUUUCGCUGGAAUCAUAGCUCUUUAUUAUACUAUUUUAGUUGUAAAUUUAUAUUAAUUUGCGAGAAAUGUUACCAGAAUCAGUAAACACAAUUAUUAUUAAUACUGGGAAUAUAAUAAGUUCCAAAGAUUUUAAGAAAAAAGCAACGCAGUCUCCUAGUGAAGAGGUGUGUGAUAGUGUCAGUGGAGCUUUUCAGAUGUGGCUCAAAAGCAUAUAUACCAGCUAUAAUUUUGAUUCUGAUGUUGUUUUCUGUGAUAACAAUCCUGAUAUGAAGGUAGAGAAAUCUGAUCGUGCUGAACUUAAAAUAUCUGUUAAAGUAUUUCUGGAAACUUACUCUUGUGAAAUUCUAAGAAGUGUAAUAUCCCAAGCUAUGGAAACACUAGGUAUUCAAAUGAUCGAUUCACUGAUUUUAUCUUUACCUGCCCUUUCCAAUGAUGAGAUAUUUGACUUAAAUAAUAUCAAACCCCUCUGGAUUGAAUUAGAAAAUCUAGUUGCUGAAGGAAAAAUAGUUACCAUAGGAAUCAGUGAUUUGGAUACUAAAGAACUUACUACUCUAUACGAAUGGACUCAGGUUAAACCUAGUGUGAAUCAAGUAAAUCUGGAAUCUUGCUGUGUUAUGCCAACAGAAAUGAUUGCAUUUGCUAAAGAAAAUGAUAUACAGCUUCUGACGCAUAAUGAUCCAAAAGUUUUACUCCCAAAUGAGAUGUUUAAGAAAAUUUUAGAACCAGGAGUGAAAAACCCAGAUGAGUGGAAACGAGCUUGGAUUGUGCGAUAUUCAGUGGUUGUUAAAUUCAGGGGAAUUAUACAAAAUAAAGGAUAUCUACUUAGUGCUACAAAAAGAUAACUUUUAAAAGUUAUAUUGCAUAAAAUUAUAAUGUGAUAAAUGUUGCAUUUUUGCUUCAUCUAUGUCUCUUAAUUUAAAUCUUAAGCUUUUGUGUAAAAACAUGUUAUAUCACAAAGUUGUGUGUUAUGCAAAAUAGUGUAAUGAAGCACUGUGUGGCAUUUAUGUUAUUUCAAAGUUUUGUUUAAUUUUCUGGAUUUAUUUCUUAAAAAAUAAUCUAACACAAAAUUUAAUUCUUAAGCUAUAUAAAAAUUCCAAAUAUUGAAAUAACUUUAAUUGAUAAGGUAUUUGUAUUAUAUUUCUUAAAUUUUAAAGUUUCACUUAUAAUUUUUUAUAAUCCUUAUAUGAUUAUCUGUAUACAAUUGAUAAUUUACACAGAAAUUUUAAAUGAAUUACUUUUUUUUAUAAUAUGAAUAAAUUCUUUAGCAGUUGAAUAAUUGACCGAAAGAAAAUAUUUUAUGAAGAAUAUAAUAUAAUAAUUUUAAAUAGUUUUCUAGUUAAUUUUACAACAUUUUGUACUUUAAGUACACAAAUUAUUAUUAAUAAUAUGCAAUUUAAGUGUUAAUGGAUUAUUAAUACUUGCUCUAGACUGAAAUGAUUGUCUAAUUUAAAAAAUUUUAAUCAAGACUGUGAAGUCAUAUACUCUGUAAGUAAUAAUAUUGUAAGCAAUAAUCUCUGUAAAUAAUAGUAAGUAAUAAUAAUAUAUAGUAUAGUAUCUGUAAGCAAAAUCAAAACAAUCUGUAAGCUUAAUUUUAAAACCAAUAUGAAUUAAACUGAAAUUCUUUAACCAUAGCAAUAUUUGUAAAGAUAGGUGAGACCAGAAUCAAAAUAAAAAAAGCAUUAUUAAAAAAAUUAUAUUUCCAUUACUUACCUUUGAAUUAUUGAAGUAAUAUUUGUAUUGAUUAUACUUCUUAAAUUUAUAUAGUUUUCACUCAUUUUUCAUGUUUCUCUUUUAAAAUUAAUAAUGCAAUAUUUUUUUCAACUUGGACAUUUCCAUACAAAUAAUUAACUUGAAUCGGACAAUCCUUUAAAUUAAGAAUAUUUGAUAUUGCUAUACCAUUAUUUUUUUACAGGUAAACUGUCACUGGUUUUAUUGUAAAAACACCCUUAUUCCCAAUACAGCUUCAUUUCAUAGAAUGAUCAAAAUAUUUCUUGGUGCAAGUACUUAUUAAUAUAAAAUUACAUUGUUUAUGUUGUUCUUUUUAUACUUUAAACAAUCUUGUAUUAAUGUUGUAAUAAAAUGUUUUCAAUGAGGA